CUGUCCCACCAACCGCCUGCUGCAGGGUCAACACCUAGAUAAAAAGUCGUCAGCACCCGCCGUCCCAUGGCGCCCGGCCUCCCCUUUCCCUCCUCCUGCCAACUCUCUCCAUUUCAUCUCUCCAUCUCUGCUCUCUUUUUCUUCUAGCAAGAUCAAGACGAGUGCAUCCCGAGACUCUCCAGCUCAGGUUGCGUUCUUUCUCUCCCGCCUCGAUCUCGACUCCCCGUCAUCGGGCGCACUACCCCGCCACUCUGCGGUUAUCGCCCCGAUAAGAGGCCACACGAAAAAUAAAAAACCCCCCAUCGAGAACGAGCGAUUGAUUUCGACCCGUCCUCCUCCUCUAAACCCGAAAACCUCCCCAUCGUCUCUCCGACAAACACCAUCGCCAUGGCUGCCAAGGAGAACGCCCAGUCCAUCAAGGUCCUCGACGACCUGAUGCAGAAGCUUACCAUCUCCAAGGAGGCUUCUGACAUCAAGGAGGCGUCCAGCGCCCUUGCUCAGUUCAUCAACGGCCCCAUCGAGAGCCAGGAUGCUCCCGUCAAGACCGUUGAGGCUCUCAAGACUGCCAUCGUAAACAAGAAGGAUGCUGCUCUCCGUGAGAAGGCUGCCAACGCCAUCCAGGCCAUCGCCUCGCACUCCGAGGUUUCUGCCGCCGUUGAGCCCUACCUCGUUGAGCUGCUCCCCCUUGCCCUGGGUGCCGUUGGUGACAAGAUUGCUGGUGUGAAGAACGCUGGUAUCGCUGCCACCAUUGCGAUCGUUGAGGCUGUUAACCCCAACGCCUGCAAGGCCGUCAUUCCUCACCUCACCCACUCCAUCCUCACUGCCCAGAAGUGGCCUGAGAAGAUUGCUGCUCUCGACGGCAUUGACGCUCUCGUCAAGUCGGCCCCUGCUCAGCUCGCCUACCGCGUUCCCGAGCUCAUCCCUGUCAUCUCCGAGUCCAUGUGGGACACCAAGAAGGAGGUCAAGGAGCGUGCCUACAAGACCAUGGAGAAGCUCUGCGAGCUCAUCGUCAACAAGGAUAUCGAGCGCUUCAUUCCUGAGCUCAUCAAGUGUAUCGCCAAGCCCGAGAACGUCCCCGAGACUGUUCACUUGCUCGGUGCCACCACCUUCGUCACCGAGGUCGAGCAGCCUACUCUUGCGCUCAUGGUUCCCCUUCUCGAUCGUGGUCUUGCCGAGCGUGAGACUGCCAUCAAGCGCAAGGCUGCCGUCAUUGUUGACAACAUGUGCAAGCUUGUCGAUGAUCCCGCCAUCGUUGCACCUUUCUUGCCCAAGAUGAUGCCUGGUCUCCAGAAGAACUACGACAACCUGGCUGAUCCCGAGGCUCGUGAGAAGACCAAGCAGGCUCUUGACACCCUCAUCCGUGUUGGUGACAUCAAGGAUGGUGUCAUCCCCGAGGUUCGCCACGACGGUGACAUCAAGGUUGUCCUUGCCCACCUCAAGAAGGCUGUCCCCAGCAAGGCCCUUCCCGUUGUCGAGAAGCUCGGACCCGUGUCUGCUUACGUCUCCGCCAUUGCCGGCCAGCUCGUUGACGAGAAGGAGACUGCUGCCCCUACCUGGGCUGCUGCCAUCAAGCCUUUCAUCACCGUCCUGGUUGGCCCGGCUGAUGCUGAGGCUGUUGUUGACACCCUCCGCAAGAACGCUACCCCCGGUGGUGAGGAGGCUGGUGCCGAGGAGGACGACGAUGAUGAGGGUGAGGAUCUCUGCAACUGCACCUUCUCCCUUGCCUACGGUGCCAAGAUCCUGCUCAACCAGACCAGUCUUCGCCUGAAGCGUGGUCGCCGUUAUGGUCUCUGCGGACCCAACGGUUCCGGAAAGUCCACUCUCAUGCGUGCCAUCAACAACGAGCAGGUCGAGGGUUUCCCUAAGCAGAGCGAAGUCAAGACUGUCUUCGUCGAGCACGACCUUGACUCUGCCGAUACUGAGAUGACCACCAUCGACUGGACUAUGAAGAAGCUCCAGGAGGCCAACGUCACCAGCAGCCUUGAGGAGGUCAAGGCCCGCCUUGACGAGUUCGGUUUCACUCCCCAGAUGGUCAACGGCGAGAUCAGCGCUCUGUCUGGUGGCUGGAAGAUGAAGCUUGCUCUGUGCCGUGCUGUCUUCGAGGCUCCCGAUAUCCUGCUCCUCGACGAGCCCACUAACCACUUGGACGUGAAGAACGUCAAGUGGCUCGAGGACUACCUCAUCAACUCCCCCUGCACUUCCAUCAUCGUCUCCCACGACAGUGGUUUCCUCGACAAUGUUACCCAGUACAUCAUCCACUACGAGCGUUUCAAGCUCAAGCGUUACAAGGGUAACUUGAAGGAGUUCGUCCGCAAGAACCCCUCUGCCAAGUCCUACUACGAGCUUGGCGAAUCUGAGAUCGAGUUCACCUUCCCUGAGCCUGGUUUCCUCGAGGGUGUCAAGACCAAGGCCAAGGCCAUCCUCCGUGCCACCAAGAUGAGCUUCCAGUACCCCGGUACCCCCAAGCCCCAGAUUUCCGACAUCUCCUUCCAGUGCUCGCUGGGCUCCCGUAUUGCCGUUAUCGGUCCCAACGGUGCCGGCAAGUCCACUCUCAUCAACGUCCUCACUGGCGAGCUCAUCCCUACUGCCGGUGAGAUCUACCAGCACGAGAACAUUCGUAUCGCGUACAUCAAGCAGCACGCUUUCGCCCACAUCGAUAACCACCUGGACAAGACUCCUUCCGAGUACAUCCAGUGGCGUUUCCAGACUGGUGAGGAUCGUGAGACCAUGGACCGCGCCAACAAGAUCAUCACCGAGGAUGAUGAGAAGGCCAUGGACAAGAUCUUCAAGGUCGAGGGUACCCAGCGCCGUGUCAUCGGUAUCCACAGCCGUAGAAAGUUCAAGAACAGCUACGAGUACGAGUGCUCUUUCGCUCUGGGUGAGAACAUUGGUCUCAAGCAGGAGCGUUGGGUCCCCAUGAUGACUGCCGACAACGUCUGGCUGCCCCGCUCUGAGCUCUUGGCCUCUCACCAGAAGAUGGUCGCCGAGGUCGAUAUGAAGGAGGCUCUCGCCUCUGGUCAGUUCCGUCCUCUCGUCCGCAAGGAGAUCGAGCAGCACUGCGCCAACUUCGGUCUGGAUGCUGAGCUUGUCUCUCACUCUCGCAUGCGUGGUCUCUCUGGUGGCCAGCGUGUCAAGGUCGUCCUGUCCGCCUGCUCGUGGCAGCGUCCUCACUUGAUCGUCCUCGACGAGCCCACCAACUAUCUCGACAGAGACUCUCUGGGUGCCCUGUCCAAGGCUCUGCGCAAGUUCGAGGGUGGUGUCAUCAUCAUCACUCACUCCGCCGAGUUCACCAAGGACAUCACUGAGGAGGUCUGGGCCGUCCUUGACGGCAAGAUGACUCCCUCCGGCCACAACUGGGUUCAGGGCCAGGGCAGCGGUCCCAGACUGGACAAGAAGGAUGAUGACGAGGAGGAGAAGUUUGAUGCGAUGGGUAACAAGAUCGUCACCACCAAGAAGAAGGUCAAGUUGUCCAGUGCCGAGGCGAGAAAGAAGAAGAAGGAGCGUAUGGCCCGCCGCAAGCGUGGUGAGGAGGUCUUCUCUGACGAGGACGACUAAGCAUGUCGCCAGCUCCAAACGCCUUCCUUUGACGACUUUCUUACGACAUAAUACCAGUUCAUGGACAUGAUUCCCUUGCCUUUUCCUUUGUCAUUACGUCUUCUCGAGGAGCACAAAAGUUCGGGGGGUUUACCUGCAUGGUUGGGCAUAUUUUCUGAUUUGUAGCUAGUGAUACCUUCUUGUGGUUGUUGGAGAGCAGCCCCGAGGAACUGUCGCUUUGACUACAGCGUUGACCAUACCUUCCUAUAUGCUUACCCUUACGUCUGUACCUCUCCUGGACUGGAGACCCAGGAGGUCGGUUCAAACCCAUGAGGGUUGUGCAACCACGAGGAUACUGGAGAUAGACUGCUAGCACGUCUUUUCUUAUAGACAUGAUGUGAUAGAUCAAUUCCACAAGAUUGAAACAAA